GCACUGAAUUUCUAAGCACUAGAAAUUGCUUAGGCAAUUGCUUAGUAUCUGUAUAUGGGCAAUACUGUGUCCUGGAGUAGGAAGCAUGUCGACUGAAACACCAAUCACGCUGAGUAUUGACCCUCAGGAUCUGCAGGUCCAAACAUUCACUGUAGAAAAGCUGCUGGAGCCUCUCAUAAUCCAGGUUACCACACUUGUAAAUUGCCCUCAGAAUCCUUCCAACAGGAAAAAAGGACGUUCAAAAAGAGCUAGAGUCCUGCUUGCUUCAGUGGAGGAUGCAACUUGGAAUUUAUUAGACAAGGGAGAGAAGAUUGCCCAGGAGGCUGCGGUUUUAAGGGAGGAACUUACUGCGGCACUGGAGAAAGUUAGAAAAGAGAGUGCAGCUUUGAAGGUGUCAGCUGAGCAAUUCACGGAUGACCCCUGUUUUCUCCCAAAAAGGGAGGCUGUUGUUGAAGCUGCCCGUGCCCUGUUGGCUGCAGUCACCAGACUCCUUAUCCUUGCGGACAUGAUUGAUGUCAUGUGUCUCUUGCAGCAUGUGUCAGCUUUUCAAAGGACCUUUGAGUCUCUUAAAAACGCAUCAAACAAAUCUGACCUCCAGAAAACCUACCAGAAGUUUGGGAAAGAGCUGGAAAAUCUGGAUUACUUGGCCUUCAAACGUCAGCAGGAUUUAAAAUCUCCACACCAGAGAGAUGAAAUUGCAGGAGCCCGGGCCUCGCUGAAGGAGAACUCACCACUCCUGCAUUCGGUUUGUUCUGCCUGUUUGGAACAUUCGGAUGUUGCUUCCCUCAAAGCGAGCAAGGACAGAAUUUGUGAAGAAAUUCAAAAUUCCCUCAACGUAAUUUCAAAUGUUUCCCAAGGCAUCCAAAAUAUGCCAGGCCCCAAGGAACCUCAGGCAGAAACCCUGGGAAGUGCCCUUGAUGAGCUGGAGAAUUUAAUAGUCCUGAAUCCACUCACAGUGACUGAGGAAGAAAUAAGACCAUCACUGGAAAAGCGCCUUGAAGCCAUUAUCAGUGGGGCUGCUCUGCUGGCAGACUCUUCCUGCACGAGGGACUUCCACCGGGAGCGGAUUAUCGCAGAAUGCAACGCUAUUCGCCAGGCUCUUCAGGACCUGCUUUCAGAGUACAUGAACAACACUGGAAAAAAAGAAAGGAGCAAUACCCUGAAUAUUGCCAUCGACAAUAUGUGUAAGAAGACAAGGGACCUUCGCCGACAGCUACGCAAGGCUAUUAUAGAUCAUGUGUCAGACUCCUUCUUGGAUACGACAGUCCCACUUUUAGUCCUCAUCGAAGCUGCUAAAAAUGGCCGAGAAAAGGAGAUAAAGGAAUAUGCUGCGAUAUUUCAUGAACAUACUAGCAGACUUAUAGAGGUGGCAAAUCUUGCUUGUUCCAUGUCAACAAAUGAAGAUGGAAUUAAAAUCGUCAAAAUUGCAGCUGGUCACCUGGAAACCUUGUGUCCACAGAUUAUUAAUGCUGCACUUGCUUUGGCAUCAAGACCCAAAAGUCAGGUGGUAAAAAGUACCAUGGAAAUGUACAAGCGCACGUGGGAGAGUCACAUACAUGUCCUCACUGAAGCUGUGGACGACAUCACGAGUAUUGACGACUUCCUUGCUGUCUCCGAAAGCCAUAUCCUGGAAGAUGUUAACAAGUGCAUCAUCGCCUUGAGAGAUCAGGAUGCUGAUAAUUUAGACCGUGCUGCAGGUGCAAUCAGAGGACGGGCAGCAAGAGUUGCUCAUAUCGUCACGGGUGAAAUGGACAGUUACGAGCCAGGGGCUUACACUGAAGGUGUGAUGAAACAUGUUAACUUCCUUACAAGCACUGUGAUUCCUGAGUUUGUCACACAAGUGAAUGUUGCCCUGGAAGCCUUAAGCAAGAACUCCUUGAAUGUAUUUGAUGAUAAUCAAUUUGUGGAUAUCUCAAAGAAGAUCUAUGAUACAAUUCAUGACAUCAGGUGUUCAGUCAUGAUGAUUCGGACACCAGAGGAACUGGAGGAUGUUUCUGAUCUUGAAGAAGAUCAUGAGGUCCGCAGUCACACCAGCAUCCAGACCGAAGGGAAAACUGACCGGGCUAAAAUGACUCAGCUGCCUGAUGUAGAAAAGGAAAAGAUUGCUGAGCAAGUUGCUGAUUUCAAGAAAGUCAAGAGCAAACUGGAUGCAGAAAUCGAGAUAUGGGAUGAUACAAGCAAUGACAUCAUCGUUUUGGCCAAGAAGAUGUGUAUGAUCAUGAUGGAGAUGACAGAUUUCACAAGGGGUAAAGGCCCUCUAAAGCAUACCACUGAUGUGAUCUAUGCAGCUAAAACGAUUUCAGAAUCAGGAUCAAGAAUGGAUGUCUUAGCUCGGCAGAUUGCCAAUCAAUGUCCAGAUCCAUCCUGCAAACAAGACUUAUUGGCCUACUUGGAACAGAUUAAGUUCUACUCCCACCAGCUGAAAAUAUGCAGUCAAGUCAAAGCCGAGAUCCAGAACCUUGGGGGAGAGCUGAUCAUGUCUGCCUUGGACAGUGUCACCUCCCUGAUCCAAGCAGCAAAAAAUUUAAUGAAUGCUGUGGUGCAAACAGUGAAAAUGUCCUACAUUGCGUCGACCAAGAUCAUCCGAAUUCAGAGUCCGUUGGGUCCCAGACACCCAGUUGUGAUGUGGAGAAUGAAGGCUCCAGCCAAAAAACCACUGAUCAAGAAAGAGAGGCCAGAGGAAGCCUAUGCAGCUGUCAGACGAGGCUCAGCUAAGAAAAAGAUCCACCCAGUCAAAGUCAUGAGUGAAUUUAGAGGAAGACAGAUCUACUGAAAUCACCAUUCUUCUUUAAUGCCUAUAUUACAAAAUCCUGGCUAAUUCUCUUUGUUUUAUGUUAUACUUGAUCAGCGCUGUAAUUUCACUAACCUUUGGAGUUUACUCACAGAUAUCAUAAUCUCUUAUUACGUGAAUCAGUGUCAGAAACCUGCGUUUGGGAUUUAUGUCAUUGUCAUCCAUAUGUGCCCAGCACUUCUUAGUUAAUCAGUGUAUAUUUGUGUGAAUGAACCCUUCAGGUGCCAUUCAGCCAUUCCCAUCACAAGUACUGCCUUUGAUCUUUUACUAGAUUAUCAGAGAACACAAAAAAUAAGUCUAACUUUAAUAGCUAAGUACAUUCUUUUCAUUUGGUUCUAAAGCAUUUUCGUUUGGUGGUAAAGCACAUUGAUUUGCUUUUCAGUGGAAACACAGACUUUAUAAAGCUUCCCAGUUAUGCUCUGUACAUCAUUUACCUGACCUAACCUUGUGCCUGGUAUGGGUGAAAUCCUGGAUCCCUGUCUUAGAAAACUUCCAGUCUGUAGGCAUCUGCAUUCAUUGCCAGCUGAUUAAAUGAACCAGUUUUGAGCAGUUAAGCUGCUUGCUACGUUUGGAAGAUUGGCCUGUGCUACUGAUGGAAUUCUCUGUGGCUAGUACAAAAUUUACUGGUACUUUGGAUUUCACAUGUGUGCCUUUUAGGGCUCUAUUGCAUUGAGCAGUUCUGCACUUUUGACUUUUGUGUCCCUCGUAAGACAACUGUAGAAGAAAAACGUUGUCACUACAUCUCAGAGUGAGUAUGGAAGUGUUAGCAGUUCUGCACAAUUUCUAAAACUCAGUCAUCUUGGCUUGCAAUUGUAAUUAAAUGGACACAUUUUUUAAAAAAAGCCCUUUGGCACUGAGUAAAAUAUAAUGCUGCGAAUUGUACCAAUGAACUAGGAAGUAGAAUUAGCGGCAAUACGCAGUAGUGACUUAACAAGCACUCUUUGGUCAUUUUGUAACUUCAGUCUUUGCUCAUCCCUUGUUGAGUUCAAAAUGAGCUGCCCAAAGUUCUUAGUCUACUACACUGCCGUCUGUUUUCCCUUUUCUCACAGUCUGUCUUUUUAACUGGACCUUUGUAAGCUCUUUGGGUGCGUUAAAUUUCAAUUUCACUUCUCACUCAGCGGGUCUCUUUUCAAGGGAUUCUUUAGAAUUCAUUCUGAUUUCUAUUUUGUUAUAUUUCUAUAGCCAUAAUGUCUUAUUUUCACAUCAGUGUUGCUGAUGAGUUGUUUCAAAAGCCAUGUCACUCUUGAUGGGUCCGGUAUAACAACUAUGUGCGAAACAGUUCAUGUUACAAGGAGCAGUUUAGGUGAAAUAGUGCAUAAAGCAUGAGAAACUAUUAAGUUUAGAAUCAUGAAUAGGACAUUUUGUGGCAAAUGGCAGGGGCAAAGAUGGAUCUCGUUGAUAGGUUAUUAUUACUGCUGAGCGUAAUGUUCACUUUUAAUUGUAGUGAAUUAUUUUGACUUAUACCUGGAUUCACUGUUAUAAAGCUCACAAGACUUGAAAAUUGUAAAUUCCUUUCCAUCUUGCACUGUAGAGUAGCCCACACCAACUACCUAGAAAAGAGAUCACUCCCUAAAAUUCACGAAGUAGUAGAAAAUGAGCAAACACAGAUGAUAGUGUUUGCCAAGCUAUCUCUGAAGUGCGACAAGUUUGUUUUGUUGAAAUGCUACCGUGUAUUCCUGCUCUAAAUGUAAGGCAUCUGUAAUCCAUCCUUCUGGCUAGAAAAUGUGGAAAUGUGUAAUUUAGCUAAGAAAAGCUUGUUUUUAGGUCAACAAGCCACAUUUUGAACUUCUAAACCUACAUACACAAAGAUCUCAAAAACUCAAAAUCUCAAAAACUCUCUCGAAAACUCUAAUGUCAAAAUGGCCUUCUAUUAUAUUUCCAUGUUUGAAUUUAGAAUGUAGUAUUAUAAUCCCAGGUGCCAAAAUAGCAGGCAUGCAUUGAAAUUUUACAGCUACCAAGUAACCUUCCCUUU